CACCAGCACCGCUGAGAAACAACGAUGAAGGCUUUGUGCGUCUCCGUUGUCUUCGUGGCGAUGGUCAUGAAUGGAGUCCUCGCUGGCUUCCUUGGAGGUGGUGGAUAUGGUGGAUACGGAGGGGGAUACGGAGGAGGAUACGGAGGAGGAUACGGAGGUGGAUACGGAGGUGGAUACGGAGGUGGCUACGGAGGUGGUUUUGGUGGAGGCGUUGGAGGAGUCGGCGUAGGCAGCAGUGUGGUGCUUCUUAAUGGUGGGGCUGCUGGAGGUGGAAAAGUGGUGGCUGGGCCAGCGUUCCUGGUGAAGACUGUGCACCACGUGAACAAAAUUCACGGAGGAGGCGCUCUCGUGGCCCACAGUGGCAUUGGCGGCUCUGGAGGAGGCUACGGUGGCGGUUUCGGUGGAGGAUUUGGAGGCGGACUUGGAGGUGGAUUUGGAGGAGGCUACGGUGGAGGCUACGGAGGUAGCUACGGAGGAGGCUACGGUGGCGGAUAUGGCCUCAAAGGCUGGUAGAAGAAAUUGCAAUAACUGGCCUUUAUGGAUAACCAACAAGAUGUGUAUCAGCCUCCAUGUCCCCACGUUGAAGGUCGCCAGAAGUGCAGCAGUCUUCGAAUAUCUCUUGAAAUCUGGUCAAUGUAAUUUGUACACGCUCUGUAAAUAAAACCAUUUUUUGAUAAACAAAA